CUUCGGGAAAGCACCAGCUCUCCUCUUUCGCUUGCUCGGGAAUGCAUCGACUUCCUUCCUUCAUUGUUUCCUGGCGAUUUCUGCAGGGCUGCUGAGCAGAUUGAUUCAAACUAAAAGUAAGUACAUGAGAGGUCAGUGUCGGCGUUUCAGCAUCACUAGAGACAGAUCGCGCAAUAAAAUAACUCGAAGAGGUGGAUGCAAAACCUGAUUUGAUUGUACUGCAGUGUUGCAGUGUGAUCAGCCCAAUGUAGUUUUCCACUGAUGAAACUCUAUCUUGGCUGUGGUUCUGAAAAGACCACGUGUCAUGGAGAAACAAACCAUCUUAGUAGAAUCUCGUUAAUCUGAGGAUUCUUAUUGGGCUGCAUCAUCGAAGUUUUCGUCGUCUGUACUGCUUUUCAUAGUCUAUCACAGUGCGGAUCCACUGUUCAGGCAGUUUCGAUAGCAGAUUUACUGCGUGAUCUCAAUGCGACGGAUGAAAAUUUCGCUGGUAAAAAAGAAGCCGGACACUUUUUGCUAGACGCAGUGGUCGUAGAGAAUUCUUUCGCGGGCAGGGAGUGUAUGGCCGAAUAUCUUGGUAAGAGCUGGCUGGAUGAGCACUAUGCGCGGCUUCUGCGCACGGCAAUCGUAGCGCGCGUCUCCUUCUAGAGGACAUUCCUGAUUGCAAGAAUGGUCGACCUGUGUUAUACUCCUAGUCCAGUCGGCGUGACUAAUCUAUCACCAUGUGUGGCUGCGCCUCCCACAGCAGAGGAUCUGAGCGGCAAGAAAGAAGACCAGGACUAAGAUGAAGAAGGAGCAAGAAGCGAGGGGAUCAGCCAAGUAAAAGAACGAAUCAAUGUAAAGAGACGAAAAAUUAAUGAGGUGGUAGAGGCAGAACAAAUUGGAGCAUAUUAACGAUUGUAGGAGGUGGAUGCCGAUGCUCGCGUUGCUGUUCUGUAAAAGCGGCGAGUCAACAAUAUUAAUCUGCAGACUGCCGGCCUUAAACUCUUCCGUGGAGAAUACAGCUACUCUUUUUGUAAUUCGUCUUGAAACAAGAAGCUUGUAGUUCAGAUUCAUUUAUUAGCUAUUUUCGCAAAAACGUAGAAACUCAAGAUAUCUAUUCGCGAAAAUAGUGGUCGUCAAAAAGAACCUUGUUACGCCAGUAUCGCAUAUUCAUCGCG